AUGGAUUAUCUCAUACAGGACUUCAGGGCAGCCUACGCCGAGUUGAGGGGGGACCGACUUGCCGAAACCCUCCGCCCAGAUGUUCAAGCCUACCCCUCGAAGCUAUUGUCCGUCUGGGGCCGCGGAAAUUACCGAGAUGUCAAAGGUGACCUCUCUUUCCUGUUCUACAACAACCUCCCUCGCUCGGGUCUCAGCAUCUCGAGAGAUGAGGCGGCUGGGUGGAUCGAGGUCUACCUAGCUUAUUGGAAAGCCUUGGGCCUGAUUCUCGCCGCCGAGGGAAUCCGCGAUAACGAUCAGUCGUCGUGGGAGAAAGUGUAUGAAGCGUGGAAGGACCUGACACUGCAAAUCAUCCGCGGAUACACAAAUCACGAUUUUGAGAACUGGACCAUCCCUUGCCUGUACAUUGCGGGCAAGUAUCUCAGACAAUUCGCCAUACGAGCCGAUGAGGAAAGGAAAAAUAGCAACGAAUACAGCGACGCAGCUGUUAUGCAAGACGAUUUCGACCCCGAGUCCGAGGAGCACAAGCUGUUGGAGGAUUGUGCGAGACACCUCAACAGAAUCUUCCAGACGUGCCUCAAUGACCGAGCACCCCUCGAGGAAUCUCGAAAGUGGGGCAUCUACUAUGCUAUCAACCUCCUCUUUAAGACCUAUUUCAAGCUGAAUUCGGCCUCGCUGUCCAAGAACGUCCUAAUGGCGAUCUCGGCCGGCCGGGGCGAUAUGCCGACACUUGACAAAUUCCCAAAGUCCCAACAGGUCACUUUCAAGUACUACGAAGGUGUCCUAUCGUUUCUCGAAGAGAAUUACGUAGAGGCGGAGAAACACCUGACCAUGGCCUGGCACAUGUGCCACAAAGACGCGAAGCGAAACCUCGAGUUAAUCUUGACCUACCUCGUGCCGUGUCACCUCCUGACGACGCAUACGCUGCCCAGCCCUCAGCUGCUGGAACCAUUCCCGCGGCUGCAGCGACUCUUCUUACCGCUAGCGACAGCGAUCAAGAAGGCAGACCUCCGCGCUUUCGACAUCGCGCUGCGUGACGGCGAAGACGAGUUCAUAAGACGACGAAUCUACCUUACGCUAGAGCGGGGGCGCGACAUCGCGCUGAGGAACCUGCUGCGCAGGGUAUUCAUAGCCGGCGGCUUCGAGGAGGCCAAAGACGGCGCGCAACCGGUUCGGCGCACGAGGGUUCCGGUAGCCGAAUUCACGGCCGCGGUCAAGAUCAGCGGCGGGGAGGACAUCGACUCCGACGAGGUAGAGUGUCUCAUGGCCAACAUGAUCUACAAGAAUUUGAUGAAGGGAUAUAUCGCUCACGAGCGCGGCUUCGUCGUAUUAAGCAAGAACGGGGCGUUCCCCGGAACCGGCGUCUGA